AGACAAAACCAAAAAAAACUGGGAUCUUCUCGAAGUUUUGCGUGUCAUCCUUGCGCAGGGGCCAUGCUAAUCUUCUCUGUAUUUUUCCAAUUUUUGCGUAUGUCCCGAAGGACUGUAAUAUAAUGGGCAAUUUCGAUAUUUAAAUGAAAUGAUUCUUGAAAAAUUUUUGAUGAUGGGACAAUACAUCGGCUGGUUCUCUAUUCUUCAUAUUGUUUUUUUGGGGAAUUGCAAUAAAACAGCUUUAGCUGUCUUUUACGAGGUAGAAGAAAUUGUUUUUGCUCAUUGUGGUAUGGGUUCUCAAGCAUUCAUUGUUUCUUUGUUUGCUUUACGCACAAAGGCACUGGUUUCGAAAAACUCUGCAGUUUAUAAAAGUUUUGGCACCAGUUCUUUCUUGACAAAAAAGUGUUCUCGAAACACUUCUUUUUUUAAAGCACCGUAUGUUGUUUUCCAUCGUUUGACCGUUCGUUUGUCACACGAUUCAACCUAUAAUAACGUUGCAGUAGAUUUGCAAGUACGCGGUCAACCAAACUCGCUCGAGUAUCGAUUAUUUUUUUCGCAUAACCAAAAGCGCAUUUCUCCCUGGCACGACAUACCUCUUUUUCACAAUGAGAAGGAGCGGAUAUUAAACUUUGUGAACGAGAUUCCUCGUGGAGAAACUGGCAAGUAUGAAAUUGCUACGAAGGAACAUUUCAAUCCCAUUCGCCAAGAUGUCAAAAACGGAGCUUUAAGAUUUUACAAAUAUGGUCCUUCGUUGAUAAAUUACGGUGCGUUUCCGCAAACUUGGGAGGAUCCUAAGGUUGUUGAUCCUGAAACUGGUUUUGGUGGCGACAACGACCCGCUGGACGUUCUUGAGAUUGGAAGUGAAACUUUGAAGACUGGUGGUGUUUAUCAAGUGAAGCCACUCGGAGCUUUGGCUCUGAUAGAUGGAGGUGAAACGGACUGGAAGAUAUUUGCAAUUCGGACUGAUGACAAGGAUUCUUCCAGAAUUCAUGAUCUGGGUGAUGUAGAAAGAGUAUAUCCUGGUGUUUUGGACAAAGUCAAAGAAUGGUUUAGAUUAUAUAAGACUGCUGAGGGUAAAGGUGAAAACAAGUACGGUUACCAAGGGCAGUAUUUGGACAAGGAAAAGGCUUUGAAAGUAAUUAGAGAAUGUCAUGAAGCUUGGAAACAAUUGAGAGCCGAGCUAUCGUCUCAAAAGGAAUUAGUGUAGUUUUAUGAGACAAUGGAAAAUCGUGUUUUGGCUUGGUGGUUAUUGGAUUGCCCAAAGGCCAUAUAAGUAGUAGUCUUCAAUAAAUGGAAAAUCGUCUGAAUGAUUCUUAU